UUUCAAGCUCGCGCUGCGAAGGCCCCCAGCGGCCCCGAGACCUGUUCUUUUCCGCUUGGGAGGCGCGCGAGGAUCUGUCCAUGGACCGGGCGGCCGUGGCGAGGAUGGGCGCGGUGGCGAGCGCCAGUGUGUGUGCCCUGGUGGCGGGCGUGGUGCUGGCCCAGUACAUAUUCACCUUGAAGAGGAAGACGGGGCGGAAGACCAAGAUCAUCGAGAUGAUGUGUUUUAGGGGGCAUGCUGUGCCCGCCUCACCCUCAAAAACCCCCCACCUUAGAGAAUCUGAACAAACCCAUGGAUGUCCAGUGGAUAUAGCUGAAACUGGUCCCAGAAGAUUGGAUAACCAAGAUAUGACUAAUCAAGAUUCUGCAGUACAUGUGAAAAUGAUGCCAGAAUUCCAGAAGAGUUCGGUUCGCAUCAAGAACCCCACAAGAGUAGAAGAAAUCAUCUGUGGUCUCAUCAAGGGGGGAGCUGUCAAACUUCAGAUAAUAACAGACUUUGAUAUGACACUGAGUAGAUUUUCCUACAAAGGAAAAAGAUGUCCAACAUGUCAUAAUGUCAUUGACAACUGUAAGCUGGUUUCAGAUGAAUGUCGAAAAAAGUUACUGGAACUAAAGGAAAAAUUUUAUGCUAUUGAAACUGACCCUCUUCUUACGGUAGAAGAGAAGUUCCCUUAUAUGGUAGAAUGGUACACUAAAUCACAUCGCCUGCUUGUUGAACAGGCUAUACCGAGAGCUAAACUUAAGGAAAUUGUGGCAGAAUCUGACGUUAUGCUCAAGGAAGGCUACGAGAAUUUCUUCGAUAAGCUCCAGCAACACAGCAUCCCCGUGUUCAUCUUCUCGGCGGGCAUCGGCGACGUCCUGGAGGAGGUCAUCCGCCAGGCUGGUGUUUACUAUUCCAACGUCAAAGUCGUGUCCAACUUCAUGGAUUUUGAUGACAAUGGAGUGCUCAAAGGAUUUAAAGGAGAUCUAAUUCAUGUAUUUAACAAACAUGAUGGUGCCUUGAAGAACACAGAGUAUUUCAAUCAACUGAAAGACAAUAGCAACAUCAUUCUGCUGGGAGACUCCCAAGGAGACUUAAGAAUGGCAGAUGGAGUAGCUAAUGUGGAACACAUUCUGAAAAUUGGAUAUCUAAAUGAUAAGGUGGAUGAGCUUUUAGACAAGUACAUGGACUCUUAUGAUAUUGUUCUAGUCAAAGAGGAAUCCUUGGAGGUAGCCAACUCUAUCUUACAGAAGAUCCUGUAUAAAUGAGCUUUCUUCAAGGAGACGCCUGUCCUGUGGGUGCAAUGGAUGCAAGAACCGCUCAUGUGUUCGGCGUGCGAAAGACUCUUAUUUAUAACAUAUCCUUGCUCAGACAUGCUGAAUCCAUCAACCGGAAGCUCCUUGUUUCCUGCCUCUCUCAACACACUCCUCACCAUAUUUUUUAACAUUAAAAAAAUCUUAAAGUCAAAAUUUGAAAAAACUGCCUACAUUUCCAAAGUGAAUUUUGUAGUUUACUGUUAAGAAGUUUUUGAGGAGUCUUUUUACAUGUGUGUGAUUUUAAGUAUUGACAUUUUUGUAAUUUGAGUGAAUUAUGCUGAUGGUAUCACCAUCUUCUAAAAUUGUGUUCGUUGUUUUUUGGGGGAAAUUGAAACUUACAAGAACAUACAUACCAGCACAUGGUGUUGGAAAAACUUGGUAUCCACAUGUCACUAAUCAUUAUAAAAUGUUCUAUAUUGAUGCACUGAUAAUAAACAUGAAAUGAAAAGUCUUUUUAAUUCCA